AUGUCUGCGGAAGCUCUCAUCCAAGCGGCUCAGCACCGCCGCACUAUCUACCAGCUCGGAAAGAAUGCUCCUGUCUCCGAUGAUAAGAUCGAGGAACUUGUUAAUGCCGCUAUUCUGAAUGUUCCCAGCUCAUUCAACACCCAAUCUACCCGUCUCGUCGUUCUUCUGAAAGAGGAACAUGAGCGUCUCUGGGAUAUUGCUGUGAAGAUCUUUGAGGAUCUCGUUGCGGCUGGUACUGUCCCUGAAGAGGUCUUUAAGAAUCAGACUUUACCUAAGCUGAACAGGUUUAAGGCUGCUUAUGGUACUAUCCUCUUCUUCGAAGACCCAGCUCAUAUUCAGGGCUUCAAGGAGAAGUUCCCUACUUAUAAGAAUCACUUUGAGCCUUGGGCUGAUCACUCUAACGCUAUGCACCAGUACUUCCUCUGGACUGCCCUCGAAUCCCUUGGUUUUGGCGCUAACAUCCAACACUAUAACCCCCUGAUUAAUGAGCCUGUUGCUAAGCAGUGGAACCUCCCUACUGAGUGGCGUCUUGUUGCUCAACUUGUUUUCGGUAGCCCUGAGGCUCAGGCUGGUGAGAAGGUGCAGAAGCCUAUUGAGGAGCGGGUUAAGAUUUUUGGAAAGUAG